CGACGGGCUCCUCCAGCUCCCCCCCCCCCGCCUCUUGGCCCGCGUGCCGCUGCUGCCUGCCCGCCCCCUGCGCCCUCUCCGCAGCCCGCCCGGGUGACGACGGUCCCCAGCAGCAGGCAGGGCUGCCGAUCCACCCCGGGCGCGCUCUCGCCCCCACGCCGGGCGGAGAGGAGCGCAGCAGCAGCAGCAGCAGCAGCUUUCUGCGGCAGGGAGCAGGACCGGCAGCGGCAGGCAGCAGCGGCGAGGGGGUCUUGCGGCACCUGGCCGACUCUGCUGCCAGCAGCCGCCGCGGGAAGGAUGGCUGGGAGGCAGCUGCUGCUCCUCUGCCUGCUGGGCCUGGCCUGCGUGCCUCCCGCCACUGCCCGGAGAGCCCCCCGGCCUCCCCCCUGCCCGCCCAGCUGCUCCUGCACCAGAGACACGGCCUUCUGCGUGGACGCCAAGGGGAUCCCCAAGAACCUGCCCAGAGACGUCAUCUCCCUGACCCUGAUAAAUGCAGCCUUCAGCGAAAUCAAAGAAGCCUCCUUCGCUCACCUCCCAUACCUGCAGUUCCUGCUGCUGAAUUCCAACAAGUUCACACUGAUCAGAGACAAUGCGUUCAUGGGACUCCCGCACCUGCAGUACCUGUUCAUCGAGAACAACGACAUCCAAGCUCUGUCCAAGAACACCUUUCAAGGACUCAAGUCUCUGACACACCUAUCAUUGGCCAACAACCACCUGCAGACGCUGCCCAGAGACCUCUUGAAGCCCCUGGGCAUCCUCAGUGACCUAGACCUCCGGGGCAAUUCCUUGACCUGCGACUGCAACAUUAAAUGGCUGGUAGAGUGGAUAGAGAGCACCAACGCCACCAUCCCCGCCAUCUUCUGUGGCGGCCCUCCUCAGUACCAAGGCCAGAAGAUCCGGGACCUGCCCUUGAAGGAAUUUGAUUGUGUCACCACAGACUUUGUGGUGCACCAGGUCCUGCCUUUCCAGUCCGUCUCCGCAGAGCCCUUCACCUACGCCAGCGACCUCUACGUGGCGCUGGCCCAGCCCAGCUCCAGCAGCUGCACCAUCCUCAAGUGGGACUACGUUGAGCGCAAGCUGCGGGACUUCGACCGCAUCCCUGCUCACUCCGCUGUCUACUGCAAGCCGAUCGUGGCUGAGUCACAGCUGUACGUCGUGGUGGCCCAGCUCUUCGGCGGCUCCUACAUCUUCCGCUGGGACACCAACAUCGACAAGUUCAUUAAAAUCCAAGACAUUGACAGCCAGAAGAUCCGCAAACCCAACGACGUCGAGGCCUUCCAGAUUGAAGGCGUUUGGUUCUUUGUCAUCGCCGACAGCUCCAAAGCUGGCUCCACCAGCCUCUAUCGCUGGAACCAGAAUGGGUUCUACUCUUACCAGGAUCUGCACUCGUGGCACCGGGACACGGAUGUGGAGUACAUGGAGAUAGAUGGCAAGCCACGCCUCAUCAUCUCCAGCAGCUCCCAGGCCCCCAUCAUCUACCAGUGGAACCGCGCCCAGAAGCAGUUUGCUCAUCUGGGGGACGUGGCGGAAGUGAUGGACGUGCAGAUGGUCAAGCAUUUCCGGAGCAAGCGGGACAACUUCCUGUGCCUGAGCCGCUACAUUGGAGACUCCAAGGUGGUCCGCUGGGAGGGGCAGCGGUUCACGGAGGUGCAGACCUUGCCUUCCCGGGGCUCCAUGGUCAUGCAGCCGUUCCGGGUCUCUCAGCACCAGUACUUGGCCCUGGGCAGUGACUUCUCCUUUACCCACAUCUAUCUUUGGGACGAAGAGAAGCAGAAGUUUGCCAAGUUCCAAGAACUCUCUGUCCAAGCCCCACGAGCUUUCCACCCCAUUCCUUUGGAGGGUAUGGAUAUCCUAGUGGCACCCAGCUUCAAGGGAAACACGCUGGUCUACAAGCAUAUUGUGGUAGACCUUAGCUUGUAGGGGAGGAGGGGAACUGUCUAUGCUGCACGUACACACACACACUCACUCUCUCUCUCACUCUCUCUCCAAAGACGUUCUUCCACUUGAGGUUGCCUCAGCAGAGCACGAGAAUCACUUGGAGCCAAACUGCUUCCUCACGUCCCCCCAAGCCUCCUUUCCCCAUUUAUGCUUCUCUCCUUGGGGUGGUGGAUUGGUCCAGGUCCCCUAUAACAGAUGUGGCCAGAGUUGCGGGCUCAGCCGGUUUUUUUUCUUUGACCCCAACCACCAAGCAGAACCAGGUACAAAAUAGUAGAUUGGACCGGCCCAAACCCAGAACUAAGGACCAGGGUGCCUCUGAGCACAUGCUCAGCCCAGGAAUUUGUUUUCAGUACCAGAACUGAGCUCACAGUCCUUCCACAUGCAGAUCCACUCCUGGUUCCCCACAAAGCUUUCUUCACUUCAACACUCCAGUUUAGAAAGGGGGGAAAUUGUCUUGCUGUUGCUAUUGUUAAUUGGGAAUCAAAAAGUUUGUAGAUCGACUGCACAUUACUUAGGGAUCUACCAGUAGUGGUAAAACUGCCGCCCUGUAACCAGAAGGUUACAAGUUCGAUCCUGACCAGGGGCUCAAGGUUGACUCAGCCUUCCAUCCUUCCGAGGUCGGUAAAAUGAGUACCCAGAAUGUUGGGGGCAAUAUGCUAGAAAUCAUUGUAAACCGCUUAGAGAGCUCCGGCUAUAGAGCGGUAUAUAAAUGUAAGUGCUAUUGCUAGAUCUCAACUUGAUCUACCUUCUUCCCAUCCUUGCUCUAAGAUGCAUAGGCUUCUACAGAAUAUGCAACACACACACACACACACACACACACACACACACACACACACACACACACCUACCCCUAUUGACUUGGAUCUAUAUGCAACAACACGCUCUUAAAUCUCAUGCCUCUAUAUCCAUGCAAGAAAAUAUCCUAACAGCUGGGACAAAAUUUUGCUUAAGUGCAAAUGCUGGGGAUUUUUCCAAAACUAGAAGUAUGGAUUUAAAGAUGCAGUUUUGAAAUGCAAGAACAGACGAGAUUCACCUCCCACUUGCAGAUUUGCGUCAACUCUCAGUGGGAAUAUUGGAGGAGCCAGCAAAUAACCACAUGGAAAUAAGUGUCUCCAUUUCUGAUCGGGAAGGCCCAAAAUACGUGUCAAGUGGUACUCUUGGGGCUCUUUGGGGUUUUGAUGACGAAAGGCUGAUCUGUGAAUUUCAAAAAUGACUAGAGUUCCUCAGCUGAAAUUUGGAACUUGUAGCCAUAGUUGGGGGAGGGGAGCAACUGCACCUCUCACGCACACUUCAAAAGCUUGCUGGAAUGGGCAACGAUGUUCCAAAGCGACCCUUUGAGUGUGCCUGUGGCAACUGGUGGGCCAUGUAACAUCUCUAGAUUGGCUUCUGGGUCCAGAAUCCUCUAUUCCAAUUGCAUUUUGCUAAUGAGCUUGUGCUGGUGGGAGGGGGAAAGAAUGUGAAUUGCAAAUUCAAAUGCAUGUCUGUAUCAUUCGAAGAGCCACACUAGAGGUGCCAGGUGAGAUCUGGGAUGAAACUCCCAAUGCAGCUGCAGAGCAGGGGAAGUUGGGUUGGGGCCAAGGCACAGGGGGAGAGGGGUCUAACCUUUGCCCCACACUAAUCCCCUAACUGUAAUCCCCUCACCUGCUGAAGUUGCUAUUUUAUUUAUUAUUUAUUUAUUUAUUUACAUUUUUAUGUCCCGCUCUUCCCCCAAGGAGCCCAGAGCAGUGUACUACAUACUUAGGUUCCUCCUCACAACAACCCUGUGAAGUAGGUUAGGCUGAGAGAGAAGCGACUGGUCCAGAGUCACCCAGUCAGUCUCAUGGCUGAAGGGGGAUUUGAACCAUUCAUAUCCAGAUAUCUCCCUCCCCAUGGCUACUUUUGGAAGAAGAAAGCAAUGUCAAGAGCUCCAUUCAUGCUUCUAGUUCAGCACAGAAUGCGAAACUUCACCUUAGAACUGGCCUUUUUCUAUCUCCUUCUCAGUGAAAACCUCUUGGGGCAUUUUCACUUUUAAAUUGAUUUGUGACUUAUUAGUCUCUAAGGUAAAACCUACACUGGUUGGUUGUGCACUCAAUUUCUCUUCUCAAUGAGAGUCUCACACAGUGCAAGGAUGCCGUGAAAAACGCCCUCUUUAGUGGCAUAUGUGUAAUAGGUAGUAGAUGAUGUAGCCUUGUGUACGUACACACACACACUGUGCACACAGCCUAUGCUCUGUAGGCUGCAUAUAGGGGGAGAUUGCACAUGGAAAACAUGUCAGGAAAGAGGAAGGGCAAACACCACUGAGUUCUAUGUGCACAGAUGUUUAGGGUUUGUUUGUUUGUUUUAAAUCUGGGGGACUUUCAACCAUGUCUUACAGCUCCCCCCCCCCGCCACGCCCUCCGGCAUUUGGAAGUGGCUGAGUCCAGGAACAGUUUUACAAUUUUGACCUGUUUGUAUAAGCCAGCUAUCAGGGCAGAUCCACAUGGCUCUGAUUUCGGAGAUCAGAUGACUUCUCACAUCUAAACUACAGGUUACAUUUUUAAAAAUGCAUAUAAUAAUAUCCCGGUGCCCCCUUUAUAUCUUAGCAAAAGCCACUUUGGAAGUGGGGAGCGCCUAGGAGCAGAGGGGCAGGGCGGGGAAGUGACUGACUCCGUGCGGACCAUUUCGCCCUCCAACGCUGCACAGGCUGUCCAUCUGCUUGGUGAAGGCCUGGCUUACUGGAAAAUAAAAUGGAUUUCCCUCCCCCAGACCCAUCUCCUCACUGCCCACUAACAACGCUCACCUGCUUGCGGCACGAAGGUCUGGUUGUGCCUUUAACAGCACAGUUGUGUCUGCAAGGCUUUGGUAAUUAGGGGUGACUAAUGUGGUAGCAGCUUGUCCCAAAGAGCCGGCGGGGGGGGGGGGGGGCACUAAUUAUGGUGCUGCUGCCUGUGGUUCCCAGCAGCUCGGGUUGCUCCUCUCUCUCCCAUCCUGUCCUGGCGUUGAUGAGAGCCAUGCUGCCGACAGGAACCUGUAGCAGCUUCCAUUUGAAGGGUUGCUGGCUCUUGGCAGCACAGAGCUGCUUGAAAACACGGUGGUGAUAAAAGCAAAAGAUGGGAAACAAGACUGGGGACAAGAAAGCAAGCAGAAAUAGAUCAAAAUGUUUUGUUUUUUGUAAAAAAGUAACCUCACGUUUUCUAGGAUGUCUGAAGGCCCACGCAGUUUCAGUGCACACUAGAAGGCCUCUUUCAUAGGACCUGUGCAAAAGGUCCAAGCAGCUGUGGCCAGAGGCCCCUUGUGAUAAUAAUGCCACUAAUGCACUGCGAUGAUAUGCAACUAAUAUAUGUGACUUUAGCAGCA